GGAGAGCACAACAUCACACCAGAGCUUGCCUUCAGCAUUAUGGGCAUCAGCACUAAGAGAGUCGAUUUUGAAUGGGUGUACACGGAUCAGCCGCACACGCAAAGAAGGAAAGAAAUGCUAGCAAAGUAUCCUGAGAUCAAGUCUCUAAUGGGACCAGACCACAAUCUAAAAUGGAUUGUGUUUGGGAUGGUACUUACACAGACCAUUUCCUGCUAUUUUGUGAAGGACUUGUCUUGGAAAUGGAUUAUCUUCUGGGCUUAUGCUGUUGGAGGUGCAGUCAACCACUCACUGACUCUUGCCAUUCAUGAUAUUUCUCACAAUGUUGCCUUUGGCAAUAAGCUGGCCAAGUGGAACCGACUGUUUGCAAUCUUUGCUAAUUUGCCCAUUGGAUUGCCUUAUUCUGCAUCAUUCAAGAAAUACCACAUAGAUCACCAUCGUUACCUGGGCGGCAAUGGCCUGGAUGUGGAUAUUCCAACGGAGAUUGAAGGGUGGUUCUUCUGCACACCAUUUCGCAAAACAAUUUGGCUUAUUUUGCAACCACUUUUUUAUGCACUUAGGCCUCUUUAUGUUAACCCUAAACCUGUUUCAAGCCUGGAGAUAUUGAAUGCUGUGAUACAGUUUGCAUAUGAUUUUCUCAUCUAUUACCUGUGGGGUUUGAAACCUAUAGUAUACCUGAUAGCCGGCUCUCUCCUGUGUAUGGGUAUACAUCCAAUCUCCGGACAUUUCAUUGCCGAGCAUUACAUGUUCCUUAAAGGGCAUGAGACCUAUUCGUACUAUGGGCCUCUCAACUGGAUAACCUUCAAUGUGGGCUACCAUGUUGAACACCACGACUUUCCCAGUAUUCCUGGCAGCAAAUUACCACUGGUGAAGGAGAUUGCCCCCGAGUACUACGAUCACCUUCCCCAGCACACUUCAUGGGUACGCGUGCUCUGGGACUUUGUGUUUGACGACAGCAUUGGCCCUUACACCAGGAUUAAGAGGGAGUGCAAGCUCGUGAACGAGAACUGAGAGGAGUGGGAGUAAAGAACAACAUCCUGUGGUUCCUGGCAUCAGAAGUUAAAGCAAAUAAAAAGACAUCAGGUUCAUCAGUGCAUAGGAUGGGAAUGAAGUCAAUGUUUAGAUUCAUAAUAUUUAUUAGCACCAACAGUUCUUUAAUAUUAAAGUCAAAUGAUCUGCUGGACAAUGACAUUCAAUUAAGUUCCAAAAUUACCACAAAUUUCCGCAAAAUAAUUCCGAUUCUAUUUGUUGAUCCAGCAAUGUAUUUUUAACCACUAAAAAUAGUAUAGAUCCACUUUUUGGGGGAGGGGGGGUGGGGGACAAAGUUGGCUUCAUAUUGACAUUGUGUUGAGGUGUGAAAAGACUCUGACAUGCAACAGAACGAGACUCUUGGUGGAGAGGCUCUGUUGGCUGUGAGGUGAGGUCCCAUUUGAUCGACAGCGCUAGUGUGCACUAAAGCCCCUUGAUACCCACACUCCAGCCCUGUGUAGACGCACUGUUAAACAGUAAAACUACAUUCUUCAGCUCAGGCAAACAUACGGACUGAUUCAAAUGUUACACCAGAGACAGGAGUCGCUUUAUAGCUGCAACAUUUAAACCCUGCCCUUGCACAAAACCACCAAGCCUAUAAAGUCACGUAACGUGUCUUUCAUGAAAUGCAUCAGUGUAGAGUUUACGAUGUUCUGUCGGUCCCUGUAGUCUAGUAACGUGGAUGAGUCAACUAUACGACACAGCAAAGGGUUAACAUCAGGAUUAAGGCAUUUGCUGCAUUUUCUCACACCAGCAGUUUCGAGAAACCCUUGUGUAAGUUGCCGGCAGUUAACAUAAUUUGCCUCUCUAUGUGAAAGAUAAAGCUAUCUAUUAGUUAUCGCAUGGUACACAGUGCAUCCUAAUAGUGAUCCUCUCUGCUGAGAAUGCUGCUAAUCAGCAAUGCCCCCACUGGCAUUAAAACAUCUACUUAUCUCAUUAACACAAAUGAGGAUCUCUCAAUUUGACAAAGCCUCUAUGCUGUGACGGGCAAGAAAUUCACAAAGGCAUGCAUGUUGCCAUUAAACCAGGUGAUUCAUUCACGACUACCUAGUGGCCCAAACCUAUUCAAGAUCCAAGAACGUUGUUUCCAGACUUACGACUCUCAUUUGCUAAGGACAAAUUCCCAAUUUUCCCAUCUACCUCAUGUGGCUCUAGCACUUUUUAAAAUCUGCAUUUUCUCUGUAUUGUAACACUAUAUUCUGCACUAUUUUCUACAACAUCAGACGUACUCGUGUAUGGUGCGAUUGUCCUGGAUAGCACGUGAAACAAACAUUUUCAUUUUCACUGUAACCAGUAACAAUAAUAAACCAAUACUAAUUUUAUCAGCAAAAAAAAAAUCAGAUCACCUUCCUCUGCCCCAUUUCUAGUUUUUCAGAUGGCCAAUAAGUUUAGGAAAGAAAUUCUGAUCAAAUAAAAAAAUUGGAACAUGGAAGAGUUAUCACAAAGCAUGCGAUCAGCAUCACCUAUGCUCCAUGAAGAAGGGUCUCGACCUGAAACUUCACCCAUUCCUUCUCUCCAGUGAUGCUGCCUGUCCCGCUGAGUUACUCCAGCAUUUUGUGUCUAUCUUCAUCUAUAACUCCACACCUUUCACCAACAAUAGUCAAUGAGAUUUCUUCUGAUGAAUCUUUCUUGGACCAGACUGCAGUAAUAGAGACUGGUUUGACUAAAUCAUUGUUUAAAUGAGUAAUUGAUUUAUUUCACUGACUAAUGAAGUCGUAGAUUGUGACAAUGUUUUUAGAAGUAUUUGAUUCUGCCCAAAUAUCCAAGUACAUGAAGUUUGUAAAUCAAAAUAUUUUAAAUUGAACUACCUGUAUCUGUAAUGUCUUACAUUUCACUCUGCGAUGAAGUACUUUUUAUUAUAACAAUAUCAGUAGCUGAACCUUUGACAGGUACAAUCUGAAUGAUAAUGAUUCAGCAUGUUUGCAUAUAUUUUGUUUGUUUCUAUUAGUAAUCCAUUGCACAAUGACUAGGCUUAAACUGAGUCAGAGGCUGUGGAGGAAUUUGAGAUGUAUUGAAUCUGUGAACAGCAUAAGUACCCCAGCAAUGUUCCACCUUAAUUAUAUAGACCUUGGGGAGGUGCUGCUAGCUUGAAUGACCUAAUCUUAGGAGUUUCAUGAACUGUUUUUUUAAUUUGUUGUGUGUGAGACACUCAGGAUUCUGGGACUAUGAAAGUAACUAAUGCAUGCAUUUCUUUGCAUAAUAUAACUCAAAGGAAUAUAGGAUUAGAACAAAACACAAAAUGCUGGAGUAACUCGGCAGGUCAGGUAGCAUCUCUGGAUAGCUGAUGAUUCUAGUUGGGACCCUUCUUCAGACUGAUUAUAGCAUGGGUGAGAAAGCUGGAAGAGAGGUGGUGGAGGGCAGGACAAAGUUUGGCAAGUGAUAGGUGGAUACAGGUGAGGGGAGGGGAGGUUUUGAUUAGCACAUGGUUGGACAAAGGCCAGAGAUGAAAGGACCAAGAGUGUGAGCUAAUGAUAGAAGAAGCAUGAAAUGUGAAGCCAGAGGAAGGAAUAUAGAUGGAAGGAGUCUACAUCUUCAGUCGACAAGUCAGCUGAGCUUUGAUUUGAUGGCAUUUAUGCAUCUCAAUUUCCUCAAGCAAAUUAUUUUUUUUCCAGGGGGAGAAGGGAAAAGGGAUAAAUGGGUAAGUAG